CGUGCUGGUAGGCGGGACCAGAGGAGACCCGCGCGCCCGCGGAGUCUGACGGCUUCUCGGUGCGGCUGGGUGGGUAGGCGUCUGAGUGACUGGACCGGGAGCCAACAUGGCAGCGGCGUUUAGUCGAGGCUGCAGGGUCCUGAGGAGUAUUUCUCGUAUUGAUUGGAGAUUACAGCAUACAAAAGCCCUCCCAAAACAUGAACCAGGAUUAGGAUUUAGUUUUGGGUUGACCGAACAGCAGAAAGAAUUUCAAGCUACUGCUCGUAAAUUUGCCAGAGAAGAAAUAAUCCCAGUUGCUGCGGAAUAUGAUAAAACUGGUGAAUACCCUGUCCCUCUAAUUAAAAGAGCCUGGGAACUUGGUUUAAUUAAUUCACACAUUCCAGAGAGUUGUGGAGGUCUUGGACUUGGAAGUUUUGAUGCUUGUUUAAUUGCUGAAGAAUUGGCUUAUGGAUGUACAGGGAUUCAGACUGCUAUUGAAGGAAAUUCUUUGGGGCAAAUUCCUGUUAUUAUUGCUGGAAAUGAACAACAACAAAAAAAAUAUUUGGGAAGAAUGACUGAACAGCCACUGAUGUGUGCCUACUGUGUAACAGAACCUGGAGCAGGCUCUGAUGUGGCAGGCAUAAAGACCAGAGCAGAAAAGAAAGGAGAUGAGUAUAUAAUUAAUGGUCAGAAGAUGUGGAUAACAAAUGGAGGAAAAGCUAAUUGGUAUUUUUUAUUGGCACGAUCUGAUCCAGAUCCUAAGGCUCCUGCCAGUAAAGCCUUCACUGGAUUUAUUGUGGAAGCAGAUACCCCUGGAGUGCAGAUUGGAAGAAAGGAAUUAAACAUGGGCCAGCGAUGUUCAGAUACAAGAGGAAUUGUCUUUGAAGAUGUGAGAGUACCUAAAGAAAAUGUUUUACUUGGUGAGGGAGCUGGUUUCAAAAUUGCAAUGGGAGCUUUUGAUAAAACCAGACCUACAGUAGCAGCUGGUGCUGUUGGAUUAGCACAAAGAGCCUUGGAUGAAGCUACCAGGUAUGCCCUGGAAAGGAAAACUUUUGGAAAGCUGCUUGUAGAGCACCAAGCAGUAUCAUUUUUGCUGGCUGAGAUGGCAAUGAAAGUUGAACUAGCUAGAAUGAGUUACCAGAGAGCAGCUUGGGAGGUGGAUUCUGGUCGGCGAAAUACCUAUUAUGCCUCUAUUGCAAAGGCAUUUGCUGGAGAUAUUGCAAAUCAGGUUGCUACUGAUGCUGUGCAGAUUUUUGGAGGCAAUGGAUUUAAUACAGAAUAUCCUGUAGAAAAAUUAAUGAGGGAUGCCAAGAUCUAUCAGAUUUAUGAAGGCACUGCACAAAUCCAAAGGCUUGUUAUAGCCCGUGAACACAUUGGCAAAUACAAAAGUUAAAAAGAUUGCUAUAGAAACAUGAUUAAUCUUUGAGAAACUAGAACACAGUCCACUAUUUAAACCCCAGAAAAGAGUUUUUCUACUGCAAGUGAAAAUAAAUAUUCUUAAACUAAAUCUAUGCAACUGAUUCUAAUAAUAGUUUGUACUUUUGCUUAACUUUGUGAUUUCCCUUUUUAAAAUAGAUUUAUUUCAUUAAAAUUAUGUGUUGUCCUUAGUAUCACUGUGCUUGAACUACAUUACUAUGGGGAGUGGGGGUGGGUGGAAUACAUGUAUUGUUAUUUUCUACUCUUUAAAGUAGCAGGAAUUCCUUGGAAUUUUAAAAGAAUUCAGAAUGUUCCAAAUUUUACACUGAAAAAAAAUUACAGGAUUUGGAUAAUACCAACAACUUGCCAUUGGUUUUUGUAGACUUAAUGGUAUUACUGUACUAGAGGAUUUCAUUUUACUACAGUUUGGAAAGCAUUUGCUAUUUUUUAUGACUGUUGGUGUCUAGGUAGCCCUUGGUCAACUUGUAUGAAAUUUCAAGUCAUGUGUGCAUUCUGUAAAGAAACUUAAAUAAAAUCAUCUGUUCUGUGUUAA